GGUUGCAGCCGUUCACCAUGUCAUCCCACAAGACAUUCAAGAUUAAGCGGUUUCUUGCCAAGAAGCAGAAACAGAACAGACCUAUCCCACAGUGGAUCCGCAUGAAAACAGGCAACAAGAUCAGAUAUAACUCAAAGAGGAGACACUGGAGAAGGACCAAGCUUGGCCUGUAAGCUGUAGUGAAGCAAGGAUGGCUGAGAGUCGAUGGGUUCCUUAUGAAAACCUUCAUUUGUCACUCGAGUCAUUGUUACGUGGCAGUUUCUGCUGUAUCUAUUUGGAAAUAAAAAAUGUCAUCUGUU